AUGGGAAAACCAGUCCUAUGUAGCCCUACUGAACCCAUAUAUUCCGCUAAGUGGUUAUCAUACUCCUUUACACUGAGUUUGGCAGCAGUACCACCUCUUCCAUCCUUAAACGUUCCCUUUAUAACGGAUGGACACCGCUCUUGCUCUACCGCGGAUGCAGCCGACAAACUCCAAUGUGAAGUAAUGGAAAAUUGCGUGUGCAAUCCAGCAGAAACAAAAGCGAAUUGCAACUGCAGGGAAAUUAAUAUCUCCGCUUGGUUCCAGAACUUACAAAAUAGGCUGCCUAUAGAGAAGGGAAGGGUAGUAGCUCGCGCACCGUCAAUGACUACAUCUGAAAUCAUACUGUCGCUUGACGAAGAUCUAGAGACUGAGCUCUUGGUUGAGGAAUCGAUAUGUCGAGUAGAUGACGCGUUUUUGAUUGGGGUUACAAAUGCUCAAAAGGAGCAAUAG